AUGAUCAGCGUUCCUGCAAUUCAGAAGCCUAAAUUGCGCAGUGCAUUGGCGAAUCUACUAAAUUCGCUACUGGAGUUGCUAAUUCAACCUGGAGAACGACCUCUACAAGCUAAGGACAAAAGCAGUUCUGACGAUAAUUGGCUGACCAAUGGAAUUGUAGUCUGCAGUAGUACGGGUCAGGAUCCGAUUGUUGAAGUAAUCCAUGCAAGAAGUUAUGAAUUGAGUCAAUGCAUCACGAGAGAUAUUGUUGAUCUCCCUGACCAACAUAAGGAUUUGGAAACCGAUUUCAUUGCUCAUACCUUUCAGUCUACUCCACUUCUGCUACUGAGUGACAUGCUACAUGAGGACCCAGGAACCUUUGCUAGUCUGAUAUCAAAAACCGGUGUGGCACGGUAUAUGACCGAUUUUUUGGCUUCAAUCGCGAUCGACUGGACAGCACUUUCGCGACAUGAGCCCGAUGCCGUACAGAAUCAUAUACAAUACAAAAGUCUUAUGAUCGCCUUAGCACGACUUUCUCUAACCGACAGUGGAUGGGACGCACUGGCCGACUUGGCACUACCAGAGGUUCUUGCUCAGCUACCACUACUGCAACCUCCGAAACAGGUAUUUUUGCAACCGGCCACUGCUAACGAAAAAGAUUCGCCUAGUGAACUCUUUGUGUCAUCGUUUGAGGCUGUGAUUCGUUUAUGUUACGCGAUAUGUGCAAAACCAAGAUGGAAGCGACUAUCGUUCAAGAUUUUGGAUACAGUACAUUCUCAGAGCGAGUUACUCAGUCAGUUGAUGCGAGCUGAGAUCAAAUGUCGUAUGAUGGACAUUGUAGUAGCGUUGGUUCAGCACAUAUGGGAACACGACGACUUGACACGGGAGGUGAUUGAUCAGGACUCUGUGCUGAAAGAACUCCGAAUCCAACCCCAUGUCAAUGAUCUGGACGAGAAAAUCGCUCAUAAGCCAUACUCUUUUGUAGCACCGAAUCGUUUGUAUCCAGAGUGUGCCCGAAUUCGGUCGUUAAUGGCCGAUGAGGAGCACUCACGAUCCGCCUCUUCAUACGAUGACGAUGAAUAUUUUCUGGAUGGAGAAGAUAACGGUGAAGAUUUUGAAGGUACGUUAGACGAAGAAGAGAUGCUGGAUGGUGAUGCCGACUACACUGAUGAACUUCGAGAACUGGAAGACGAGGGGUCAAUGGAUUUAGAAGAGCUGCGAAGGCGUUACGGAUGCCCUCUAUCUAGCGACGGAAGUCCAGAAGCCGAGUGUGAUAGCAGUUCUGAUGUCGCAGCAGUCGCAGAAGUAGGUGAAUGUGAAGCUGUGGACGUCGAACCCAGCGAGAGUGCCGAAUUCUUCCAUCUACCGUACGACGAACUCGAUGAGGGUGAUGACGCGGACGAUCGAGACUAUGUCCCUCCUGAUCCGUGGAAAAGAGACGUCCGUAUUGAUGCCGGUCGCUAUCAAGCUACCGUUCCAGAUUCCAUGAAUGAUGUGACACCGUUGGCCUUGAGUGACAAUGAUACUGAACUGCCAACGUUGCCGAAUCUUGCACAAGGUGGCGCGCUCUGGAUGCCGUCACAGGACUUGUCAGAUUCUAACACAGACCGAUAUUUGGCGGACAUUGUUGAACUGCGAGCCGCUCACGGCCAAAUAGUCUCUGAUCGAUACUCAGUGACCAGAGACGACGAAGAUGCGUUGUGUGCAUUAUAUAGGCAUAGUUAUAGUAUCGAAAAAGCGAAAGCGUCGUUUCCGUUCUCACGUGUGAAUCAACCAUUUCGUACAGUUCGAGAAGGCGCACUAGAAUGGGACCUUACAGAACGUGAUCUCUUUGAGCGAGGUAUCGCGAUGUAUGGCAAAAAUUUCUUUGUCAUACAAAGAAAGCUGUUACCGUAUAGACGAGUAGGAGAGCUUGUUGAAUACUACUAUUUCUGGAAGAAAUCGGAAAGAUAUCAACUGUUCCGGAAACCUACGGUACAUAGUGAACCCGACGUGCGCUAUUCCUUAGCACCAUCGUAUCACCCUCCAUGUAUGCCGUAUCCAUUUGAUGGAGCGUUGCCCGAAGUUAGUGGCACUAAAGUAGACAACGAAGGUGUACUUCCUGAUAUGGGCAGCAGUAACGAUUCCACAUCAGAAGAACAAGUAAUGGAUCUCAAUCCUACCGCUUCGUCACGACCUAUCACACAAUCUGUAGCAGCGCAAAUAACUACAGGCGCCGACGAUGCUAAAAGUGAACGUGGCAAUAUUUGGUGGACUGAUGACGUGCCUUUGGCGCAAGUAUGA